UCUCGCUUCCGGUCCGUUCCUGGGUCACCGCUCGCCCUAGUUCCCAGGCUUUGGCCUCCGAUCGGCCCGCCCUGUCUCAGCCCUGCACGGUUUCCCGGGAAGCAACAGAAAAUGAGCAGAUCCCUGGGGCCGGUGUCGUUCAAGGACGUGGCCGUGGGCUUCACACAGGAGGAGUGGCGGCAGCUGGAGCCGGCGCAGAGGCGGACGUACCGGGAGGUGAUGCUGGAGAACUACAGCCACCUCGUGGCCGUGGGGUAUCACUUCAUCAAACCGGAUGUUAUCACCAAGUUGGAGCGAGGAGAAGAGCCAUGGAUAGGAGAGUUCCUGCCGCAGGGCUGUGCAGAUAAAAUCUGGCAGGCUGCUGAUCUGACAGAGAGAGUCCAGGAAGGCGAAGACAAAUGUUCAAGGCCAAGUGUGUUCACCAGCAGCGGAGCCCUGGCUGGAGACGGGGGUCAUGUUCCUGGUAAGACUGCCCAUGUGGAAGUGAAGCCUGCUUCUUCGCGAAGUGUGGCCUCCGACUGUGACGCGUGUGACAGGAGUUUAACAUGCCUCUCAGAAUUUAUCAGUAGUGAUGGCAGCUAUGCAAGAAUGAAGCCUGAUGAAUGUAGUAGGUGUGGGAAAUCAGUCCUCCGUAUUAAGCAAGAGAGAACUCAGUCAGGAGGUGAAUCCUAUGAGUUUAACCAGAAUGGGGAAGGCUGUACUCUAAAUGAAGAAAAUAUUUACCAGAAAGUUCGUGUUUUGGAGAAACCCUUUGAAUACACGGAAAGCCAGAAAGCCUUCCAGAGGGAUCCAGCGUUUGUUAAUCACGUGGGAGAGAAGUCCUACAGCUGGAGUGAGCCUGAAAUGGCCUUCCUCCAAAUGUCAGACCUCAGCGUGCAUCAGAGCUCUCACCUGGAAAUGAAGCCCUAUGAAUGCCGUGAGUGCGGGAAAUCCUUCUGUAAAAAGUCGAAAUUUGUUAUCCAUCAGAGGACUCACACAGGAGAGAAACCUUACAAGUGUAACCAGUGUGGGAAGUCCUUCUGCCAGAAGGGAACCCUGACUGUACACCAGAGAACACAUACGGGGGAGAAGCCUUACGAAUGCAACGAAUGCGGGAAGAACUUCUACCAGAAGCUGCACCUCAUUCAGCACCUGAGAACUCACUCAGGGGAGAAGCCCUACGAGUGCAGCUACUGUGGAAAGGCCUUCUGCCAGAAGACGCACCUCACCCAGCACCAGAGGACGCAUUCAGGAGAGAGGCCCUAUGUGUGUCACGACUGCGGGAAAACCUUCUCCCAGAAGUCAGCGCUGAAUGACCACCAGAAAAUCCACACAGGCGUGAAACUCUACAAGUGCAGCGAGUGUGGGAAAUGCUUCUGCCGCAAGUCCACCCUCACGACUCACCUGAGGACACACACGGGAGAGAAGCCCUAUGAGUGCAAUGAGUGUGGGAAAUUCUUCUCUCGCUUGUCCUAUCUCACUGUGCACUACAGAACCCAUUCAGGAGAGAAACCCUACGAAUGUAAUGACUGUGGGAAAACCUUCUACCUGAACUCAGCCCUCAUGAGACAUCAGAGAGUACACACCGGAGAGAAGCCCUAUGAAUGCAAUGAGUGUGGGAAGUUAUUCUCCCAGCUCUCAUACCUCACCAUUCAUCACAGAACUCACUCAGGAGUGAAACCCUACGAAUGCAGUGAAUGUGGGAAAACCUUCUACCAGAACUCAGCCCUCUGUAGACAUCGGCGAAUACACAGAGGAGAGAAGCCCUACGAGUGUUACAUAUGUGGGAAAUUCUUCUCCCAGAUGUCAUACCUCACCAUUCAUCACAGAAUUCAUUCAGGAGAGAAGCCCUAUGAAUGUAGCGAAUGUGGAAAAACCUUCUGCCAGAAUUCAGCGCUCAACAGACACCAGAGAACACAUACGGGAGAAAAGGCCUACGAAUGUUACGAGUGUGGGAAGUGCUUCUCUCAGAUGUCUUAUCUCACUAUCCACCAUCGAAUUCAUUCAGGAGAGAAACCUUUUGAAUGUAACGAGUGUGGGAAAGCCUUCUCACGGAUGUCAUACCUCACUGUACAUUACAGAACUCAUUCAGGAGAAAAACCCUAUGAAUGUACUGAAUGUGGGAAAAAAUUCUACCACAAAUCAGCAUUCAACAGCCAUCAGAGAAUUCACAGAAGAGCGAAUGUGAACGUGAUUGAUGUGGCAAGGCUUCUCUGAUGUCAGACCUCAUUUUACGUCAGAGAACCCUUUCCCUGAGAUGAGUAAAACUGCUGCCUGAAGAGAAACAGCAUUGUGCAGUCCACUCUCCAGGCCUGUGGGUUCCCCACCCAUGAAUGCAACCAACCAAAAAUAGAAGGCACAGACUUCCAUUUGUACUGGGCACAUAAAGAUGUUUUCCUUGUCAUUUUUCCCUGAGCAGUAUAGUAUAAAAGCUAUUCCCAUAGCAUUUACAUUGUAUCAGAUACUGUGAGUGAGAGAUAAUUUAAAUAUACGGGAGGAUUCUGCAACUUACAUGCUGUUAUCAGCCAAGGGACUUGAGGUCUGCAGGUCUGCAUUCCACAAGGGAUCAUGGAGCCAAUCCCCACGGAUGCCAAGUGGUGAUGCACGUGGACAGCUCACCCAGAUGUCUCCCCUGUAAGCCCACAGGGUGGGGACUGCCUGACUCAUGAGACACUAGGUUAUUAUUUAGAAAUAUUUUGAAUGCAUAUCCAUUUCACCUUAGGUUUAAAUUUCUUUCCAUACCAGGGAAUUCAUAACAACAGGAAAUCUUUCAGUUUAACUUUCACAUAGUCUUUUUGGAAACUGUUAAUAGCUAAGAGACAUGUUUCUGAUAUAGCAAAUGUUUUAUAAAAACAGCUGAAAAACAAAUAGGAUACCCGCUGUGAAUACAUAUACUCUUGGUGUAAAUAGAAGCCGUAAAGUGAUCAGGAGCGCCGAUCCAGUUAGAGCAUUAGGAUCGCAGGUAAACAGUUCACAAGGGCAUUUCUGUUUGUCUCUUAGUGUCUUACAGGAAUUUAGGUUCAGUUUGAAUCAUGUUUGAGAAAGCACUGUAUCCUUACUGCUUUGUAAUACACAUGGUAAGAUCCAUUCCAAACAGCACCACCAUGUUAAUAUCUCACUAGGCAUUGUCACUGAAGCCGCACUUGUUAGGUAUAAAGUACGCUUUCCCUUGUACUCUUUCCUGGCGUUUAUCAAUGCACCUGAUCAUUGUUAGCAGAGUACAGCAUCCAUAAAGAAGCCAGUGUUUCUUAUAACGUUUUCAACUGUGUAUGAGUCAGCAAAAGGGGUAGAAAUCUGUGUGUAAAAUAGGUAGAAAACUGCACAGAUACUUCUGAGUUGAGCAGAAGUCUCCUGGGGUGAGAAUUCACUCUGUACAACUAAACAAAAGUACUUACAAGAUUUCCAUCAUUGCUCCCUUACUGUGUUGUGUUUUAAUGCUUACACGCAGAGCACAGGUGCUGUGAAAUAGUUGGAUUGUAUUUCUGUUUGACAUGUGGUGUUUGCAGACAUUCCGCUCUGCUGCUUUCCGUGACCAAAUGAAUUGAGAACAUGCUACUGAGGCUUUGGGGUGGCCACUGAGGAGCGACUCCCCCAGUUCCUCCACCUUACUCCUUGCUGGCAGAGUUGGUGAGCCCUCCCCCUUCACAGGUGUGGUUAGUUUCCAUUGGUAACAACAAGCCUGAUUGCCAGCACUUGGUUUAGCCUGGUCCUAGGGCCCAGUUCUAGACUCAGAAAUAAAGGAGAUACUGGACAGGUUAUUUCCAAGGACCACGGAGGAAGUGGAGUCUUGCGGGAGCGUCGCUCAUCUGGACGAGGGAUCUGGUCAUGUCCUUCAUCAGUGGAUUCUCAUUCAGUCAUGGCCUGACAGAAGGACUGCAGGAACCUAGGACCUGAGUGUCAUCUAGACACCAGCCAGCCCGUGGCUGGUCCGCCCCGGCCUGCUGCUUUGGUGAGAGACAAAGCUUCUUUUGGACCCAGGUUGAUAUAGGAUGCUUUGUUACUAAUCACUGAAGACAUCAACUGGUGCAGUUAUGCUUUUGUAGGAGUUACGCAUUUCAGAAGUGGAUUCUAGAGAAGUCAUUUAUUUUGAAGUGUCAAUACAGAGAUUUAUCUUAUUUUCUGUAAAUUUUUAUGUAAACUGAGCAUUAGAAAUCAACUUAAAUGUGUGCACUUCCUCUGUCAUCACUGACCUGUGAAAUAACCUUCGAACCUGACAUAAGGUGUACCUCCCUUUUCUAAUACAUGCAAUAAAUUUUGAGGUAAUUUAUAUU